UAAAAUAGUGAUUAACAGUUUAAUCAACCAAAAGAGAAAGAAUGGUGUACAAAAGAGGAAUUACACGGCCUCUCAAAAGCUACAAAAAGGCCUGGGCACAUGCUUUGGGGACAGGGUAGUAGUAGUAGUAGUGGAAAUCAUGUUGACUCACAGUGUAUCUGCUUCGACCUUCCCACAUACCUGAAAUUUAUUUUUACUCUCUUUCUCUUUAUCUUUAUCUUUUUCUCUUUCUCUUUCAGUUCCCUCCUUCUCUCUCUCUGGUAAGCUUGACCAUACCCAUUUUUUCUUUUUGUUUUUGUCAUUUUCUUUUUGCUGUAUAUGUUGUUUGGUUCCCGAGAAACUGUGGGAAAAGGGGAGAAAACCCGGAAUCAAGGCGCAAAACCAAUCCCUGCCUUGCGGUUUUUCAGCAAACAAACGUGUGUCUAUGUGAAUUCUUCAAAUGGGUUAUUUUAUGUUUGGUUUGUUUGUUUUCUUUUUGUUUUUUUUUUUUUCAUCUUGAAAUGUCUCUUUCAUUUUUUUUAAUCUAUUAAGCGUGGUUUAAGUGUUGGUAAUGUUGAGAGGAAACUCUUAUGAUCCUUUGAUCUGGGUGGUUUUGGAUUGUUUAUUAGUAGCUAAUACGAUUCUGUCUUUCUAUAUUUCUGUGGGUUUUGAAUAUUUUUGCUUGUUUUCUGUUUUACUGUGAGGAAAUUAAGAAAAUAAAGUGAAUGGAGAAGAAGUUUUAUGUGUUCAUUUCCAUUGCUUAUUUAGUUUUUUCUUUAAUUAAAAAAAGAAAAACCGAGGAAGAAUCGAAGACCCAGGAUUUACUCGGUUGAUAUAUUGCAAGGAGCUUCCUUAAGUUGAUUUCCGUGGCUUGUCCACAAAAUGGAAAGAUGGGAAUUUAGUUGUUCCUUUCUUCUCUCUUCCCAUCCAUGUUUUUCGGCAGCCAAACAGAACUUAGAUUUGGUUUGCCCAGAAAUAAUAAUGCUAUUAUUUUUCUGAUUAUAUUUGAAGUACAGACGUGAGUUUUUAUCUGUUUUUUUUUUUCCGGCUACUAAGUCCUUCAAUUUUGUGGUUCUAUUUUUAGAUUGAGAUGGAGUACUACCAACUACUUUUUGCAUUAUCAUUUGGUUUUGUUUCUGUUUUAUUGCAUAUUUGCUGAUACAUAUUGCUAAUUCUUACUUGUUUUCCCUCUGCUUGCUGGUAACCUCGUGCGCAUUUUAUAAAAAAUGAUGAAUGGGUUAAAUAUGAAUUGGCUUUUGUGAAUUAGUGAAAAAAUGAAUUGGCUUUUGGCUGCAAGUUGUUAAAUAUGAUUAAAGUCUGCUUCGUUCUAGUCUUGAUAGGUAGUAACGACACCUUCUGCAACUUCAAUUCUGUUAUGCAAAUGGAGUCUUGGAGCUAUUUAUCUGACGGGAAGGGCCUUAUUUUUUCUGAGGAAAUGGACAUACCUGUUGAUGCUUUUGUGAGAAGUAAAAAAUCAGUCAUGGGAUGGGAUCUUAGACCCUCUUGUAAUUUUGAUGACAAUAGAAUUGUUUCAGAUAGGGAAGCUGGUGAAAGCAUGGAAAUUUACGAUGUAGGUUUUCCUGAUAUGACAAGAAGACCAUUUGAUAGCUCAAAUGCUGGGAUGCUUAGUGGUGAAGUUAAUAGUGACUGUAGUAGACGGGUCACCUCUGCUUGUGUGAUUAACUCAACUUUAUCAUUUGGGGAGGAUGAAUCUGGUUCAAAAAUUUCUAGUUCGCUCAUGAAAUCUUACAGUCAGGAUUCACCACUAAUUGAUUUGAAGCUUGGGAGACUUAAUGAGUCUAGUAACUCACAGAAUGGUAAAGUUUCAAAAGAGAGGUCGGCUGCUUCUUCUGUUCGUCCAUCUUUUCCAGCUAAAAGAGCACGCACAACGAGUUCAUGCUCACAGAUCCCAUUAUGCCAAGUCUAUGGCUGUAACAUGGAUCUCAGCUCCUCGAAGGAUUACCACAAGCGGCAUAAAGUUUGUGAGGUUCACUCAAAGACUGCCAAAGUUAUUGUUAAUGGCAUCGAGCAGAGGUUUUGUCAGCAGUGCAGCAGGUUCCAUUUGCUGGCUGAAUUUGAUGAUGGUAAGCGAAGUUGCCGUAAGCGCCUUGCAGGUCAUAACGAGCGCAGAAGGAAGCCUCAGUUUCAUACACUUUCUGGUAAACUGCAUAAGCAACUGCAGUCAUAUCAUGGUACUGAAUUUUUGGGAACUUCCGUAGCCAAAGGAGCGGCAUUUCUUUUGCCUGAUAUAUUUCCUGGUGGCAUCUCAUUCCAAGAAAGGAAACAAUAUGGCCCUGUGAUCCCUACAUCAAAAACUGAUGACUGCAGUGGUUCUACUACAGUGUCAACCAUUCAAGAAAUAUCUGGGGUGUCACAUUCCAGCUGUGCUCUCUCUCUUCUGUCAGCUCAAUCACAGGACUUGUCAAGCCAGGUGGCAGGAAAUCCAAAUGCUAGGUCCUCCAUCAAUCAAGCCAAUCAUGCACCAGGAAGUUUGGGUCAAAAUUUUGACAUAACUUUGGGCUCACGUCUUAUUGAGAAACAUAUACCAACUGGAUUUUGUUUAUCAAGAGGUAACUUUGUGAAC